CACUUUCUUAUUUUGAAACUUAUUCCUUCUAUAGCUUUUCUCCUAUUAGUAAGCCCUUUUAAGCUUUUAGUAGUAGUUUUCGCAUUUUUUCACAUGAACGCUUUUCCGUAUAUUGAACUCCAAAUAUCGACCCUGCAAGCUUUGAAGAGUGGUUUGUCUACCACGCAUGAGUCGACUGUAAAAAUUGGUUGUUAAAUUCAAUAGUAACCAAUUGAUCUAUAAUUUAUACAAUAUACUUCAAAUAAUUCUCAUGAUAUCGAAAGGAAAGUAAUCAAUUGGUGGUAUUUAUUUAAGCGUGAAGCAAAUUCUAUGGUAUAGGAGUUGAUGGUUACCAAGAAGAAUAUUGACACUUUGGAAUCUCUUUGGAAAAACUUAAAAAGGACAAGUAAUGCACCUGAUCAAAAAUGGCUCAAGAGAUGCCAAGAAAUCAUUCAUAGUACGCCGAGUCGUACUUUGGUGUUUAGUGAAGUGAUGGAAAGACUUUAUAGGGUUUCUGAGAAGAUGUCCAUCCUGGGUCGUGAGGAUUUGGAAGUGCCUCUCGUCAACGCAUGUAAAAAUCUCGAACGAAACACUAUUAGCCUGAAGGAAGAAUUUUUAUAUUCUCAAUUCUUAACGGUGUUACUAGAACUUUCAAGAAAUCCUCUGGAAAUACCCAACUCAGAACCCACAAAUGAGGGGGAAGACUUGCAUGCCGAAACUGAGUCGCGUCUAUUAAAUGAAGAAUUAUCUUCACUUGGUGGAGAUCAUUGGGAAGAACCAGAUUGGAUGGAAAUAACCAGUGAAGAAGAAGAGUUGGAUGAUUCAACGAUUGGCGAUACUCACUGCUCUACGCCAGCUAGAGAUGAAGGCCAAAAGAUAGACAAUACUUACGCAGAUGAUCCUUAUGCAAGGAAUCUACAAUCCUUAAAUCACCCUUCUAUACCCUAUGACAGAAAAGAAGCCAUUGCAAGUUUUAGAAGGGUGAAGCCAUUCAUGUUUUUCGACGGGAGUAGUGAUUUAGAGGGAAAGAAUAUCUCCGAAAGAUGGUUUAUGAAGGACGUUAUUUAUAUGCUACACGGCCUCCCUAGUUCUUUCUUUCAAAUUUGCGAUGAUGGAACCAUAGAGGUCAGACAUCAGAUACUACCUAAAGUGAAUUCACUUACUCAGAAAUCAGUGUACAGUGUCCUAGAUGUUUUUGCAAGCCAUGGCUCUUGUUUAACCAAUUAUCGAAAUCUUCUAAAAGAUUUAGCAGAAGCGAAUGUAGGUCAUGUGAAUUUACAUCAGCCCUCUGAAAUUGUAAGAAAAGAGAUUAUUUUGCCCUAUCUAAAGGAGCCUUUGGAAACUUGUUUAGCAGAGUUGCAAAAGCGUUUGCAUGGGUUGGAGUAUGAAAUAUACUGUGUUUCAACUAAGUCGACUUUAUUUCAAGCGUAUAUGGAUUUAUCCCCUAUUAUUUUUUGUUUGAAAAACUACUUAGAGAUUAUAAACGCUUCAACUACCGUUUGGGAUGUUAUGGAAAAGCUUGACGUUUUGAAGCAACAGAAACAUGAGACGGAUGCAUAUAAUUACUUAUUUAAAUCUUCAUGCGUGGCCGUUUUUCGAUGGUUAUAUCAAUUUGCAAAUCGUCUGCACGUUGAGAAAGUUCCCCGAUAUAUGAAGCAAAUUAUUUCGUUGAUGAAGCAGCCGGAUUUUGAGAAAGAUUACGAGAAUUUUUUAAAACAUAUAGAGAGUUCUUUCAUAUAUGAAAAUGCUUUGUCUUUUGCAGAAGUAUUAGUGCAAUUAGAAAUAUGUUUUCAGACAAAAAAAUUAAAUAUCUCAUUUUGGGGAAUUGAAAACAAAAGCUCACAAAAGAAUGCUCCCCUUUUAGGGCUAAGUUCUUUGAUUCAUAACCUUGAAUCUGCUAAGUGUUCGCUACUUCUUAAACAAAAAAAACCGCAAUGGAAAGUAGCAUAUGGUCAUUAUGUGUUGAUACAGACAUGUCUAAACUAUAUUAUAUCUUUGCAUAAUGAGAUGCAAACAUUGCUCGUCGAUGCAAUUAAUGUGAAUACUAACUCGAGCUUUUUUAAGAAAGAAAUAAUGCCGGUCCGUGAUAAUAUAGAUAUUGAUGGAACUGUAGAACAAUUUCUUCAGGAUGUAUUUACCGAAGAUGUACUGGAGAUUUUACAAAUCGAAGAAUCAACUUGUAAAAAAGACGUGUUUGCAAGUGUUAUGGAAAGAAGGUUCUCGACGAAAUCAGGCUCAGUGUUUCAGUCGAACGAGGUGGGCCAAGAAACAGAUGAGCUAUGUAAUAUUUUUGUAAAACUAUCAAGGCUUCUAUUACAUCCAGAUCGACCAGUUGACCCUGCUGCUUAUUGUUGCAGAAGGCGUUUUUCAGAAUUACUUUUACUGAUAAUCCCUGAAGUUUGAAAGCAGAAUUUUGUAUGGAAAGAGGAUUUGAACUACUAUUCACUUAAAUUUCAUAACAAUCUUAUUGGGAAAAAUUGAAAUGAACGAUAACUAGUGUAUUUAUGGUCUCAUGGUCUAGCUUUAUUAGUAGAAUCGUAAGAAGUAGACUGAGCAUGGAAGACAAGAACAUUACUUUAUUCAUAAAUCCAACCUUCAAUGGCACGGUCGUAUUGUUGAAUUUCGGCAGGUUGGAACCAAAGGCUGAUUUCAUGCUUUGCACUAUCAACGGAAUCUGAGCCAUGGCAGACAUUUCUUCCAAGAUCAAUACCAUAGUCACCACGAAUGGUUCCGGGAGCAGAGGCCAAAGGAUUAGUUGCACCAAGCAUAGCACGACCAGUCUUGACUACAUCUUUACCUUCCCAGACCAUGGCACAAACAGGACCGGAUCCCAUGAAUCCGACGAGCUUUUCGAAAAAAGGUUUUCCUUUGUGUUCUUCAUAAUGCUUCUCAAGGAGAGUACGAUCAGGGACAAGCAAUUUGAUAGCACGAAGCUUGUAUCCUCGACGUUCAAAUCUGGUAAUAAUAGGACCAAUAAGUCCACGUUGAACAGCGUCGGGUUUAAUAGCAAUGAAAGUUUGUUCUUGGCUCAUUUUAUGAAUGAAACUGACCGUUAAUUAAAAGAGGGUGUGGUUGGUAGAUGGAUAAAUCUGGGAUUCAUUGUUCUUUUGAGUUCCCUCACAAGAACAUUCGGAUGCGUCACGAGUGUUGGAUUGUAAAUAAACAAAUAAACAAAUGUUAUAUGGAUGAAAUGAAAAUAAUAUAUAAUAAUAUAGUAAGAAGUUUACCUAUAGAAAGAAGGUAAAAAAGAAAAAAAAAAUAAAAUAAAAUCAUUGCCA